UCGCGGGGGCGACGGCCCCCACGGCGCAGGGGCCGCCAUGGACGCCGACGGCGAGAAGGUGCUGCAGCGGACGUCGUCCCUGCUCCAGAACAAGGCGUUCACCGACGUCACCUUCAUCGUGGGGCCGCCGUCGGCCUCCAAGAAGUACGUGGGCCACCGGGUGCUGCUGGCCAUGACGAGCCCCGUGUUCGAGGCCAUGUUCUACGGAGACAUGGCCGACAAGUCCAAGGUCAUCCGCAUCGCCGACAUCGCGCCCAUCGGGUUCGAGAACCUGCUCAGGUACGCCUACACGGACAACCUCAAGCUACAAACGGUGGACGACGCCAUGCUGACCGCAUACGCGGCCAAGAAGUACAUCCUGCCACACCUGCUCAAGGACUGCUUCGCCUUCAUCGAGAAGCACGUGACGCCACAGACCGUGUGCCAGGUGUUCGAGUUCGCGCAGGUCAUGGAGGCUUAUCCGCUGGUGCACCAGUGCCUGAACAUCAUCGACCGGCAGACGUACCACGUGCUCACCUCGACCAACUUCCCCAACGUGGCGCUGCACACGCUAGAGACCAUCGUGCGCCGAAAGUACCUCAACCUGUACUCGGAGUACGCGCUCUAUUCGGCCGUGGUCCAGUGGGGGCAGGAGGAGUGCUCCAGGAGGAACCUAGAGCGGGACAUGGACAACGUGCGCAGCGUCAUCGAGACCGUGCUCCCGCUCGUUCGGUUCCUGGCCAUGAGCCCCGAAGAGUUCUGCAAGGGCCCCGCCAAGAGUGGACUGCUGACCAAGGAGGAGUGCUUCUCGGUCUUCAUGAACAUGGCCAUACCGGGGAUUGUGCCUCUGCCAAAAGGUGUCAGCAUGGAGGGUGCCAAGAGGACAUCGCCCCCCGAGCACUUCGUGGCGCGUCGCUACCAGGCCGUCUCCUUCCACGCGCCGUCGCGGCCGCUGCGACUGUUCGGCCUCAAGUUCGUGGUGCCCACGCGCGACGUGUUCCUCGUGGGCGUCGGCUUUCCCGUGCGCCAGGACCUCGGCUCGUACAGCGUGCGCCAGCCCAAGUUCGACGGCCAGCUGCGCUGCAGCUACAAGGUGCAGGAGGACCGGCGGGAGCGCGAGGAGCUCGACGUGUCCUUCACGCUGGCCAAGGACAAGGACGUGCGCAUCAAGUUCAAGAAGCCCAUCUUCGUGCGCAAGGGACUCGAGUACGAGCUCGAGCUGCAGCUCGGCUCGCUCAUGAGCGAUGACGUCAUCGUGCCGUCGCUCAAGAACAGGAAGAAAGAGGACACCGUCGAGGGCGUCACGUUCCAGUUCUCGGCCUUCCAGAGGCCGCACAUGUCCAACGUCUUGGAGAUACUCGAGUUCUCCGACUUGCUGUUCUACUUCUGAGCAAUCGUGCUCUUUAUUUUUUCGUGGAUGAGGACAUUGCCCAGAAGCUCUUCACCGGUCUUGGGCACGCGCUCAAUGCCGAGCUUGGUAAGGAAGCAGCGACGACAUC